UACGUUAACGCUAAGCUAUAUUGGUGUGUUAGUAAACAAGGGCUUCUUCUGACGUCAUGAAAAGCAAUUGGACCACGAGCAGAGCGAAUGUGUUCACGUGACUCUCGCGAAGGAUAAAUACGUUUAUAUAAUACGCGGCAGUGAUCUGCCAGAUGUACAUCGUGGCGGAAGUCCUUCGACCGUUUAAUAUUUUCCCUUAUUUAUUAUAUUACUCGCGUUUUUGAGCUUAAUAUAUACACAUAUUUAUCAUUCAGUCAUAUACUUAUCUUAUUCAUAGGAUACAUUGUUCUACUAAUUAUCGAUACAAUACAUUUAAUUGGAGCGAAGAUUUAUAUAUAUAUACAUAUGUAGGAGACCUUUAUAUGUAUCUUUACGAAGGAAUACAUGAUUUAAUUAUUUUAACUCAAGGAUCAUGGAUAAAAAUUCUACUGGGCCAAUAAUCAGGAUGUCAUCAUCCGGAACUCAUGGAGCCGGAGGUAUCGAAUGUUGUUGCUGUAGAUGUUGCACCUGCAUACACAUCGAGUUCCUUAAAACUUUGCCGGGAGUCGUAAAAGUCUUCGAAACGGUAAUUAGCGGACUCAUUCAGAGUUUGUUAGUCAAUUACGGUCUAAGGUAUAGUACGUCCAUUGGAUCUGCCUUUGAGGGAUCUUUGACGACGUCCUCGGCCUGCUUUUUGAUAUCUACCGUUUUGUUGAUCUGCUAUGUAGUCUCAGAAAAAUCUUACAGACUUAUCCGUUCAUCACUUUUCGAAAUGAUGUUCAAUGCAUUGGCAAGCUUUUUGUACAUGAGUUCUGCCUCUUAUCUCGCCUUUUCAACAAAGUUAUUUCUCUUGCCUGAGUAUUAUCUAAAGCCAGGAUUUGAUGUUUAUCCUGCUAUGACAGCAGCUUACAUUAUGAGCGGAGUCGUUGGAGUAUUACACGGAUUUGAUGCAUAUUUCUCCUUCAUUUAUUAUAAAACUGGCAGAUAGAUUUAAAUGUUAAUAGGACCGAAUUUGAUAAUAUCGCAGAUCGGAACAUUUCAAUGUUGCACCUAAACGUAUUGAUUAGAAUUCAAUCCAUAGAUAUUUAAUUAUAAAUAACAUCAAAACGUUUAGGCGUUAACGUUAAAACAUCUCAUUAUGUAUGAUCAAGGUAUAGGAAAGAUCCUUUAGCCGGGGAUGACGAUUGAAAAUGAUGAGCGUUUAAAGAAUCAAGAAAAAUUUCACAAUUCCGACGAAUUUUCGUAUCCUCUCGUCGAUGGAAGAGGGCCGGUUUCGUUGUCGCAGGAAAUUGAUCGUAAAGUGGUACGAACAGUUUAUUUCAGAGCUAUUGAAAGUGAAAUAAAUUGUUUAAGUGCUCGGGCCCGGUGUCUCGAAGCGAGAGAAGGCAGGCGCGAAUGUGCUGGCCUGUCUAGCUGGCCAUCUAGACGUUCUCUUUGCUUAUUCAUUGCUCACAGCUCACCAAAACGGUGAAAUUUUGCUCGCACAUGAAAGGAAAAGAGAAAAAGAAGAAGGUACAGACAGUAUAGAUAGAUAGAUAGCUAGUUAGAUAGAUAGAUAGAUAGAUAGACAGAUAGAGAGAGAGAGAGAGAGAGAAAG